CUCCAGAGGAGAUGAACACUGUUCUCACAUGGGGAAAGGUGGAAGGGCAAAAGAACCUAGCUAGUUCCUUUGAACCCAUUUUAAGGUCACUGGUCCCAUCCAUGGAUACACAGCCCUCAUGACUUAAUCACCUCAUAAAGGUCCCACCUCUCAAUACUAUGACACUGGACCUUAGGUUUCAACAUACGAAUUCUGGGGGGGACACAUACAUUCAAAUCAUAGGGGGUCCUGAGACCAAAAAGUUGGAGAACUACUGUUGUGGCAAAAGAUGGACAUACACACAGAUGAGUUCCAUAGAUUCUUGUGUUAGGAAGAGUGUAGAGUGUAGUGGAGGGGAACCUGAACUGAGUUUUGUACAUCCUACUGCCUCAUUCUGGGGACUGAAUGAGCCUGUUGCUUUAGGUACAUCUCUGAGAGUCCAAAUUUAGAUGCUGUGUGACAGACUUGGGCCUGGCCUCAGAAGAGAAUCUCAGAGGGACAUAGAAUAUGACAUCAGGGCACAGGAUGUGAAGUGCCAACCUCCCCAGGAACGAGGGAACACAAAGCAGAGUCAGGAAGUUUGAAAGUGGUUCUUCGAGUUCUCUGAGAAAGAAUGGCUUAUUCAGAAGAGCAUAGAGGUAUGCCCUGUGGGUUCAUCCGUCAGAAUUCCGGCAACUCCAUUUCCUUGGACUUUGAGCCCAAUAUAGAGUACCAGUUUGUGGAGCGGUUGGAAGAGCGCUACAAAUGUGCCUUCUGCCGCUCGGUGCUUCACAACCCCCACCAGACAGGAUGUGGGCACCGCUUCUGCCAGCACUGCAUCCUGUCCCUGAGAGAAUUAAACACAGUGCCAAUCUGCCCUGUAGACAAGGAGGUCAUCAAAUCUCAGGAGGUUUUUAAAGACAAUUGCUGCAAAAGAGAAGUCCUCAACUUAUAUGUAUAUUGCAGCAAUGCUCCUGGAUGUAACGCCAAGGUUAUUCUGGGCCGGUACCAGGAUCACCUUCAGCAGUGCUUAUUUCAAGCUGUGCAGUGUUCUAAUGAGAACUGCCGGGAACCAGUCCUACGGAAAGACCUGAAAGAGCAUUUGAGUGCAUACUGUCAGUUUCGAGAGGAAAAAUGCCUUUAUUGCAAAAAGGAUGUGGUAGUCAUCAAUCUACAGAAUCAUGAGGAAAACUUGUGUCCUGAAUACCCAGUAUUUUGUCCCAACAAUUGUGCGAAGAUUAUUCUAAAAACUGAGGUGGAUGAACACCUGGCUGUAUGUCCCGAAGCUGAGCAAGACUGUCCUUUUAAGCACUAUGGCUGUGCUGUAACGGAUAAACGGAGGAACCUGCAGGAACAUGAGCAUUCAGCCUUACGGGAGCACAUGCGUCUGGUUUUAGAAAAGAACGUCCAAUUAGAAGAACAGAUUUCUGACUUACACAAGAGCCUAGAACAGAAAGAAAGUAAAAUCCAGCAGCUAGCAGAAACUAUAAAGAAACUUGAAAAGGAGUUCAAGCAGUUUGCACAGUUGUUUGGCAAAAAUGGAAGCUUCCUCCCAAACAUCCAGGUUUUUGCCAGUCACAUUGACAAGUCAGCUUGGCUAGAAGCUCAAGUGCAUCAAUUAUUACAAAUGGUUAACCAGCAACAAAAUAAAUCUGACCUGAGGCCUUUGAUGGAAGCAGUUGAUACAGUGAAACAGAAAAUUACCCUGCUAGAAAACAAUGAUCAAAGAUUAGCUGUUUUAGAAGAGGAAACUAACAAACAUGAUACCCACAUUAAUAUUCAUAAAGCACAGCUGAAUAAAAAUGAAGAGCGAUUUAAACUACUGGAGGGUACUUGCUAUAAUGGAAAGCUCAUUUGGAAGGUGACAGAUUACAAGAUGAAGAAGAGGGAGGCAGUGGAUGGGCACACAGUGUCCAUCUUCAGCCAGUCCUUCUACACCGGCCGCUGUGGCUACCGGCUGUGUGCUAGAGCAUACCUGAAUGGGGAUGGGUCUGGGAAGGGGACACACCUGUCCCUAUACUUUGUGGUCAUGCGAGGAGAGUUUGACUCACUGUUGCAGUGGCCAUUCAGGCAGAGGGUGACACUGAUGCUUCUGGACCAGAGUGGCAAAAAAAACAUUAUGGAGACCUUCAAGCCUGACCCCAAUAGCAGCAGCUUUAAAAGACCUGAUGGGGAGAUGAACAUUGCAUCUGGCUGUCCCCGCUUUGUGGCUCAUUCUGUUUUGGAGAAUGCCAAGAACGCCUACAUUAAAGAUGACACUCUGUUCUUGAAAGUGGCUGUGGACUUAACUGACCUGGAGGAUCUCUAAUCACUAUUUAUGGGGUGAUAAGAGGACUUUUUGGGGCCAGAACCGUGGAGGAGAGCACAUUUGAUUAUCAUAUUGACCUGGUUUUAGACUCAAAGCACAUUUGUAUUUGCCUUUUUCCUUAACGUUUGAAGUCAGUUUAAAACUUCUGAAGUGCUGUCUUUUUACAUUUUACUCUGUCCUAGUUUGAAACUUAAAACUCUUAGAAUAUUCUCUUAUUAUUUAUAUUUUUAUAUUUCUUGAAAGAUGGUAAGUUUCUUGAAGUUUCCGGGGCGUUUUUCUUUUACUGGUGCUUAGUGCAGUGUCUCAGGCACUCUAAAUAUUGAAUGUUAUGGAGGACAUAGAGGUAGCAGAAUUCCCAGUUGAAAAUGUUUUGAUAUUUUAUUGUUUGGCCUAUUGAUUCUAGACCUGGCCUUAAGUCUGCAAAAGCCAUCUUUAUAAGGUAGGCUAUUCCAGUUAAGUAGUGGGUGAUGUAGUUACAAAGAUAAUAUGCUCAGUUUGGACCUUUUUUUCAGUUAAAUGCUAAAUAUGUGAAAAUUACUAUACCUCUAAGUAUUUUCAUGAAAUUCACCAGCAGUUUGCAGGUACAGUUUUGCAAGGCUGCAUAAGAACUGGUGAAUGGCAUAAGCAUUUUCAUUCUUCCUGAUGAAGUAAAGCAGAAAGUACUGCAUAGUAAUAUGUAAGAUAUAGCUAGCCAGCUAAAGUUCAGAUUUCGUUAGGUUCAACCCUAUGAAAAAAACUAUUUUCAUAGGUCAAAAAUGGUAAAAACUUAGCAGUUUCGUAAGAUUCAACCAAAUAAAUAUAUAUACACACACACAUACAUAUACACCUAUAUAUGUGUGUAUACAAACAGUUUGAAUGUAUUUUGGUAACAGUAGUAAAUCAAUGUGAGGAUGGAUAGAAUUUAGUAUAUAAUAGAGAAAAUGUCAUAAAUGGAUAAAAGGAAUUUACAACUUGAGGAGAAAACCGUUAUAAUUUCCUAUGGGUGUCAGAAGUACUCUCAGCAAAAACGGAUGGCUAAAACAGUAUCUACUAUUCUCUGAUAACUUUUUUUUUUUUUGAGACAGAGUCUCAUUGUCACCCAGGCUGGAUGGAGUGCAGUGACGUGAUCUCAGCUCACUGCAACCUCCACCUCCCGGGUUCAAGUGAUUCUCCUGCCUCAGCCUCCUGAGUAGCUGGGAUUACAGGCACCCAUCACCACGUCCGGCUAAUGUUUAUAUUUUUAGUAGAGACAGAGUUUUGCCAUGUUGGCCAAGCUGGUCUCAAACUCCUGACCUCAAGCGAUCUGCCCGCCUUGGCCUCCCAAAGUGCUGAAAUUAUAGGCAUGACCCACUGCGCCAAGCCUCUGACAACGUUUGAAUUUGUAAGCUGCUAUGCAAGUGGGCAUUUAUAUAAACUUGUAAUGUUUCUUGUCAGAAUUCUGAGUACUUUGUGAAGAACAGAAAUGAUCAUGUUCUUAUGCAUCUAUCUGUAUGGGUCUGAAGGUGUAUAUACAAAUUGAGAUGAGUCUUUAUGACUCUUGAUAAGCCUAAGUUUAACAACAACAGCAAAAAUGCCAAGUUGUCCUGAGCCCUCCUGCAUUGUUAUGCCACUUCCCUACUGCUCAUAUGCAGGCUGGCUCCCCUGGGCACACAAAGAUGAGUAUGGGCCAUGGGCCACUGUAGAGCUGCUCACCUGGUGAUGACCAUACACCUUACAAUUUCUGAGCAGUUAACCCUAUAGAAGCAUGCUUUAUAUGAGUGUCUUCUGGGAAGAGGAACCUUCUUAAUCUCUUCUGUGGGAUUUUCAAAUGCUAAAGACUCACACUGCAGCAAUUAUCCCAGAUGAUUAAAUUCAAAGAAAUAUGUUCACAACAGGAAUAUACUAAAGAACUAAAGCGUCGCUGCUGGUGAACUGUGGAACAGUUGAUGCUCAACACAUCACCUUGGACAAAUUCAGGAAGCAUUUCUCUAGCCCACAAGGCCAGACCCAGGUGCUCUGUGUAUUUGUUUUUAAUGUUCUUCAUCAUAUCCAAGUUCACUCUCUCUUCCUGAGCAGUGGAAGAUCAUAUUGCUGUAACUUCUUUUGAGUAGUUGAUAUGGAAAACAUUUUAAAGUGAAUUUGUCGAAAUGCUGGUUUUGUGUUUUAUCCAACUUUUGUGCAUGUAUAUAAAGUAUGUCAUGGCAUGGUUUGCUUAGGAGUUCAGAGUUCCUUCAUCAUUGAAAUAGUGAUUAAGUGAUCCCAGAACGAGGAGUUCUAGCGUAAAAAGCACCCCUUUUUCACAAAA